GUGUAAAAUAUUCCAAAACGUCCCCCACUUUUUGUGUGUCGAUUUGAAUAUUUAAAAAAAAAUCAUAAUUCGAGAGAAAUACAUUUUUUUUCGCGCACUAGGUUUGUGACAGGAAUAUAAUGUCCUCUCCUCUACGCGCCUCUGAGGAAGAUGAGGGCAUGGUGGUUAAUUCCGAGGGAGGAGAUUUUGAUGAAGAAGACGGAGAUCUAGACGAGAACGCAAGCGACAUAAACUCGCCGGUGGCGCCUAGAGAAACUGCAACACGAGCAGCGCCAGAUGAGUGUGAAGAAGGAGAGACAUCAGACAGGGACAAGACAACAAAGAAGAAACGGGGCCCCAAGAAAAAGAAGGAAGCAAAAAAGAAGGACAAAGAUGGAAAGGCAACCAAAGCUCACAAACGCAAAAAGAUUGACAGUGAUAUAGAAAGGGACUCUGAGAGAGAGUAUGGGGAGCAUUCAGACAGUGGAGCCAGUGAUUUCACGGCUGGGGGGAAAAAGAAAAGAAAAAAACAUAAGGAAAAGAAGGAGAAGAAGACCAAGAAAAAGAAAAAAGAGGAUGGGGACAGCAAUCAGGAGGAAACAGUCAAGCCUGUGGAACAGAAGACGUCAGGGCAACUGGCGCAAGACUGGGGACUGGAGGAUGUGGAUCACACCUUCACCGAUGAAGAUUACCACACACUUACCAACUACAAAGCCUUCAGCCAGUUCAUGAGGCCCAUGAUUGCCAAGAAAAAUCCCAAAAUUCCCAUGUCCAAGAUGAUGACCAUCUUGGGGGCCAAGUGGCGUGAAUUCAGCUCAAACAACCCGUUCAAGGGUUCUGCUGCUGCUGUGGCUGCAGCUGCUGCAGCGGCUGCUGCUGCUGUCGCCGAACAGGUCUCUGUCCCCGAACCACCGCCCCAGCCUCCUCCGCUCCGCAAGGCCAAGACCAAAGAGGGCAAAGGCCCAGGGUAUAAGAGGCGCAGCAAGAGUCCUCGUGUGCCUGAAAAGAAGAAGGUGAAAGGAAAGAAGAUGGCACCACUGCGAAUUAAACUGGGAAUGCUGGGCAACAAGAGGAAGAAGAGCAGCUCUAGUGAGGACUUAGAUGAGGAUGACUCAGAGCAGGAGGACUCCAGUGUACAUAGCUCCUCUGUCCGCUCCGACAGCUCUGGUCGAGUCAAGAAGAACAAGCGAGGCCGUCCAGCCAAGAAAAAGAAAAAAAUGUUGGGAGAAGAAGAAGGGGAUGGCUAUGAAACUGAUCACCAGGAUUACUGUGAGGUGUGCCAGCAGGGUGGUGAGAUCAUCCUGUGUGACACCUGCCCCCGGGCGUACCACCUCGUUUGCCUGGAGCCUGAGCUAGAGAAAGCUCCGGAGGGCAAGUGGAGCUGCCCCCACUGUGAGAAGGAGGGGAUCCAGUGGGAGGCGAAGGAGGAGGACUUCGAAGAUUUCGAGGAGGAGUGCGAGGAUGGAGGCGCCCCAGAGCUGGUGGCCGGGGGCACUGGAGGCGAGGAAGAGGAGGACGACCACUUUGAGUUCUGCCGUGUCUGCAAGGAUGGGGGGGAGCUGCUGUGCUGUGACACUUGCCCCUCCUCCUAUCACAUUCACUGCCUCAACCCGCCCCUGCCAGAGAUACCCAAUGGGGAGUGGCUAUGCCCAUGUUGCACGUGUCCGCCAAUCAAAGGGAGGGUACAGAGGAUCCUCCACUGGCGCUGGGGUGAGCCCCCUCUUCCAGUGCCUGUACCCCCUGCCCCUGAUGCUGACCCUCAGGCACCCCCUCCACCACCCAUGAAAGGGCGUGCUGAGAGGGAGUUCUUUGCCAAGUUCAUCGGACAGUCUUACUGGCACUGUACCUGGAUCACAGAGCUACAGCUGGAGAUCUUUCACUCAGUCAUGUUCCGGAACUAUCAGCGAAAGACAGACAUGGAUGAGCCCCCCUGUCUAGACUAUGGGUCCGGUGGAGAGGAGGAUGUGAAGAGUGAGAAGAGGCGUGCCAAAGACCCGCAGUAUGCUGCCCUAGAAGAGAAGUUCUACCGUUAUGGGAUCAAACCUGAGUGGAUGAUGAUUCACCGCAUCAUCAACCACAGUGUGGAUAAGAAAGGGAAUUACCACUACCUGGUCAGGUGGAGGGACCUGACCUAUGAUCAGUGCACCUGGGAGAGUGAUGACUUGGAGAUCCCAGAGUUCAACACCCACAAAACCAACUACUGGAGGCACAGAGAGGAAGUGAUGAAGGAUGACCCAGAAAAGCCAAGGAGGAUGAGGAAUUUGAGGAAGGAGGACAAUGAUGUGCCCCCAAGCUCUCCUGUAAAUGAUCCUACGGUCAAGUAUGAGGAGCAGCCAGAGUUUGUGACUGUGACAGGAGGGACACUGCACCUCUACCAGCUGGAGGGACUCAACUGGCUGCGCUUCUCCUGGGCUCAGGGAACAGACACCAUCUUGGCAGAUGAGAUGGGCCUGGGCAAGACUAUUCAGACUAUUGUCUUCCUCUACUCCCUCUUGAAGGAGGGUCACACCAAGGGUCCAUUCCUGGUGUGCGCUCCACUCUCCACCAUUAUCAACUGGGAGCGUGAGUUUGAGAUGUGGGCACCUGACUUCUAUGUGGUGACCUACACUGGGGACAAGGAGAGUCGGGCUAUCAUCCGUGAGAACGAACUGUCCUUCGAUGACUCAGCCAUCAAGGGUGGAAAAAAGGCCUUCAAAUUGCGGAGGGAGGCUCCAAUUAAAUUCCAUGUGCUUUUGACCUCCUAUGAGCUAGUGACCAUUGAUCAGACAGCCCUCAAGUCUAUCGACUGGGCCUGUCUGGUGGUGGACGAAGCCCACCGCCUCAAGAACAACCAGUCAAAGUUCUUCAGGAAGCUGAAUGACUACAGGAUUGAUCAUAAGCUGCUGCUGACAGGCACUCCACUGCAGAACAACCUGGAGGAGCUCUUCCACCUGCUCAAUUUCCUCACGCCCAACCGCUUCAAUAACCUGGAUGGGUUCCUUGAGGAGUUUGCAGACAUCUCCAAGGAGGACCAGAUCAAGAAGCUUCAUGACGUGCUGGGUCCCCACAUGCUGAGAAGGCUAAAGGCUGAUGUUUUCAAGAACAUGCCAGCCAAGACGGAGCUAAUUGUCCGCGUGGAGCUCAGCCCAAUGCAGAAGAAAUACUACAAGUUCAUCCUGACUCGUAACUUUGAAGCACUCAACUCCAAGGGUGGUGGGAACCAGGUGUCCCUGCUCAACAUCAUGAUGGACCUGAAGAAGUGCUGUAACCACCCCUACCUUUUCCCUGUGGCUGCCUCGGAGGCACCAAAAUCGUCGAAUGGGGCAUAUGAGGGCUCGGCUCUGACCAAGGCAUCCGGGAAGCUGCUGCUGUUGCAGAAGAUGCUGAGGAAGCUGAAUGACCAAGGUCAUCGAGUGCUGGUCUUCUCCCAGAUGACCAAGAUGCUUGACCUUCUGGAGGACUUCCUGGAUUCCGAAGGCUAUAAGUAUGAGCGCAUCGAUGGGGGGAUCACGGGCGCCAUGCGGCAGGAGGCCAUCGACAGGUUCAAUGCUCCUGGUGCAUGUCAGUUCUGUUUCCUGCUGUCCACAAGGGCAGGAGGUCUGGGCAUUAAUCUGGCCACUGCUGACACGGUCAUAAUUUUUGACUCAGACUGGAAUCCCCACAAUGACAUCCAGGCCUUCAGCCGCGCCCAUCGCAUCGGCCAGGCCAACAAGGUGAUGAUCUAUCGCUUCGUGACUCGGGCCUCGGUCGAGGAGCGCAUCACCCAGGUGGCCAAGCGAAAGAUGAUGCUGACGCACCUGGUGGUGCGGCCCGGGCUGGGGUCGAAAGCUGGGUCCAUGAGCAAACAGGAGCUGGACGACAUCCUCAAGUUUGGCACUGAAGAGCUCUUCAAAGAUGAGAUUGAGGCGGGGGACAAUAAGGACGACGACAGCAGCGUGAUUCACUAUGACAGCAAAGCCAUCGAGAGACUGCUGGACCGCAGCCAGGACGCCACAGACGACACUGACGUGCAGAACAUGAACGAGUACCUGAGCUCCUUCAAGGUGGCACAGUACAUGGUGCGGGAGGAGGACAAGGUUGAGGAGGUUGAGAGGGAGAUCAUUAAGCAGGAGGAGAAUGUGGACCCUGAUUACUGGGAGAAGCUCCUAAGGCACCACUAUGAGCAGCAGCAGGAGGACCUGGCCCGCAACCUGGGCAAGGGCAAGAGGGUCCGCAAGCAGGUCAACUACAAUGAUACUGCACAGGAGGACCAAGAGUGGCAUGCUGGUAUUUCAGAUAACCAGUCCGAGUAUUCAGUGGGCUCCGAAGAAGAAGAUGAGGAUUUCGAUGAUAGGCCAGAAGGGCGCAGGCAGUCACGGCGCCAGCUAAGGAAUGAGAAAGACAAGCCACUGCCCCCCCUGCUGGCCAGAGUGGGGGGUAACAUUGAGGUCUUGGGCUUUAACACUCGGCAACGCAAGGCGUUCCUGAAUGCAGUGAUGCGAUGGGGCAUGCCUGCCCAAGAUGCAUUCUCCUGCCAGUGGCUCGUCCGGGAUCUGCGAGGCAAGAUGGAGAAAGAGUUCAAGGCAUAUGUCUCUCUCUUCAUGCGGCACCUGUGUGAGCCGGUAGCAGACGGCUCUGAGACAUUUGCAGACGGGGUGCCAAGAGAAGGGCUGUGCCGGCAGCCAGUGCUCACCAGGAUCGGGGUCAUGUCUCUGGUCAAAAAGAAGGUCCAGGAGUUUGAGCAUAUUAACGGGAGGUGGAGCGUACCAGAGCUGAAGUCCGAGGUCAGCGCAGACUCCAAGAAAUCAUCUCGUGCCUCCUCCCCUGUCAAAACAGCCACACCAACCCCAGAACCCAGCUACAACAACACCCCCUGCACCUCUAAACCAGCCACCCCAUUGCCCCCUGACAAACUGGAGAAGAACGAGAAGGAGGAGGGCGAGAGUCCGCCAGGGCAGGAGAAGGACAAAGAGAAAGACAAAGAAAAAGAGAACGAGAGCAGCGAUGGCAUAGACCCCGUAGAUGAAGCACGACAGGAUGACCCUCCCAGGGAAAAGCCAGACUCAGAAGAGCGAGUCGCGUCUGAGCAGGAGCAGAAAGAUACACCUGAUGUGCCAGCAGCCCCAUCUGAGGAGAAGAAGACAGAGGAGGAGAACCCAGAGCAGGAACCCAGUACUGAGCCAACAAAAUGUCUACCUCCCACAUCACCCCCUACUGCUAAAGAUGAGAAACAAGAGACAGAGAAAGCAGAGGAGGAGAGAUCGGAGGAAGCCACCACCCCCUUGCAAAGGACUGGCAGCAAAGACAAGCUGGAAGGCCAACCCCCUGAGGUUAUGAAAGGUACAGAGGAACUCAAAGCAGAAAGGGAUGCUGGGAAGGAGGGCAAGGGCCUGAAGGAGGAAGUUGUCAGGGGCAACGGAAAGAGUGAGCGCCCACGGUUCAUGUUCAACAUUGCAGACGGGGGCUUCACCGAGCUACACACACUUUGGCAGAACGAGGAGCGGGCGGCCAUCUCUUCAGGGAAGAUGAACGAGAUCUGGCAUCGGCGGCACGACUUCUGGCUGCUUGCAGGCAUCGUGCUUCACGGGUAUGCACGGUGGCAAGACAUCCAGAAUGACCCACAGUUUGCCAUCGUCAAUGAACCUUUCAAAACUCAGGCCAACAAGGGCAAUUUCCUGGAGAUGAAGAACAAGUUCCUUGCUCGCCGUUUCAAGUUAUUGGAGCAGGCCCUGGUGAUCGAGGAGCAGCUGCGGAGGGCGGCGUACCUGAACAUGACUCAGGACCCUACUCACCCCGCCAUGGCCCUCAACGCGCGAUUCGCUGAGGUGGAAUGCCUUGCCGAGUCACACCAACACCUGAGCAAGGAGUCGCUGGCCGGGAACAAGCCCGCUAAUGCAGUGCUGCACAAGGUGCUCAACCAGUUGGAGGAGCUGCUGAGUGACAUGAAGGCAGAUGUGACACGUUUGCCUGCCACCCUCGCUCGAGUGCCGCCCAUCGCCGCCCGCCUGCAGAUGUCUGAGAGGAGCAUACUGAGCAGACUGGCCAACAAGGGCACAGAGACACACACACCCCCGCCAAUACCCCCAGGGCCUUAUGCCACACCGCAAAAUUUUGGGGCACCCUUUACCCCUGCCCCAACAGGAGCCUUACUUCUGGGAGGGGCAAAUUACAGUCAGAUGCCCCCUGGGUCUUUCAUAUCAGUGCUGAAUGGGCCCGCCAUGUCUCUGAAGAAGGAGAGAGAGGGAGAGCUGCUACUGGGUCGGAGAGAGCAGCGCAGUGGAGAGGUGAUCUGCAUCGACGACUGAACUCAGCUGCCGUACUGGCUGCUAGACCCACAAACACCCACGCAUGUGCACACGCGCGCACGCACGGGUGUGUGUCUGUGUGCGCGUGCACACACCCGUGCACACACACACACACACGCAUACACUUACACACACACACACACACAUACACUUACACACACCCGUGCACACACACAUACACACACACGCAUACACUUACACACACACACACACACACACACGUACACUUACACACACACACACACACACACCCAUGUGCACACACACACAAACUGCACACACAUGAACACACACACACAAACACAUCCCCCCCCCCCCCCCCAUGUGCACACACACACACGCACACACACACAUACACUUACACACACACACACACACACACCCACAUGCACACACACACAAUUACACACACAUAAACGUGCACACGCAUGCACUCUCUGCCUGUGGGGCUUUGCAGCUAGAGGUAGAAGGUUAGACACAGGUACAAUGGAAUCCCAUUAUAAUGACCGUGUGUUUAAUGACGAAUGUGUUAACAUGACCGAAGACCUAGAGCUGCACAGCCCUUCUGCAUUCACAAAUAUGCUAGUAUCUGCCAUUCAUUUACUGCGGGUCAGUCAACCUUUAGAGGUCAGUGUGUUGAACUAGUGUCACAUCAGUGACGUCAAACACUCCUACAGAAACGGUUCAUUGUAUGUGAGAAGAAAUACAUUUGGCAACACUGACUAGAAUAAUGUCCAGAUAAAGUGAUCAUGUCAGUAGUAUGUAUCAUUCUAUCCAGGGAUCCUCCACAAUGACUGGAGUAAUCUCAGCUCCUCUGGACUUGCACUCACACUGUCACCAUCAACAUGUGCACUCCAUGAACAACAAGCAGUUUCUGCACUCCCAUAAUCACACUCUCUCCAUAAACUGCACACAAAUGUAUACCCUAUGAUUUCACCAAAAACACAAGCUCCACAACACAUAAAAAUCCUCUCCAGGCCGUUCACUAACUCAACUGGGGAUAAGCCCACUAUCAAUGUGCACACGCACACACACACACACACACACACACACACACACACACACACACAUAUGCACAUGAGAGCAACCGCGGUCCAUACCGUCUCAUGUUUAUCCCUUCCUCUUUCCAUUCCUUCCACUUGUCCCACUCGCUUGCUCUAUUCUUGUCUCUCUUAAGUGCCUGUGGCACCAGUCAGCUCAGAGGGGUCACCAGUCAGACCCUGUGACUCUCCUACCCCAGCUACAUGCCGUGAGGCUACAUGUGAUUGUGUACACAUCUGCACUUACUAUUACUGCCACCCCACCAUUCAUCCUGCAGCAUGAUGCUCAUGAUGUAUCAUCUAUCCGAAGGAAGAAAAAAAAAAAAAAGCUUUGCCCACCGUAAUUAUUCAUCCCAUUUAAUCGCAUUUCGAUUUCAUGCAGGAAUGUACUGUAGGUUUGGACAUGGUCCAGUGGCAGUGGACCUUAAAUCUCAAUGUCCGUGAAGCCAUUAUCAUUGGCUUAGGUACCUAGGGUCUCAAUGUCUCAUGGUUGAACCGGUGGUCAGUAUGCUGAAAAUAAUUGAGGAGUAAGAACUGUACACAGAAAAUCUGAAUUGCUGCUUUUUAUAAGGUUCCAAAAGGGUGUUAAUAAAAUAGUAAAUAUUACUGCCUAAGAAAAUGAUUUCCUCCACUUGAUAAAAACAUACCAUAACUAUUUUUAAAAUAAAAUGCACUAUGUAAGCAUGAUGGUAUUAGCCAUUGCUUCAUGUUAGGAAGUGGUCGCCUUGUAUUGCAUUUUUUCUUGUUUCGAAGUAGGCAGAAGAAAUAGUUGGUUUCUAUUUUUAAAAAUGCAGUCAUGAUACUGAGAUUGGUUGUAGCUGCUCCAAAGUGUAUGGUGGAUAUAUAAGCUUUCAGAACUUGUUCAUUAAUUGAGUUGUUUUCAUAUUGUCUCAUAAAAUGGUUUUCAAAAAAUCAGAGGUUCUAUUGUAGAGGGGUUAUUUGUGGUCUGAAUUAGACAGUUUGCUAACAACAUCCAUAAAGCUCCUGUUUAUAUGCUAAUAAUAAGCAUGGAUAACAUUAUGAUUUAUGAUUAUGAGUGCUACAUGUAAUUGUCACAACAUGUGGUAAUGCUUUCCACGUUACCUCUCAGUGGUUCCACCAGACCUCAGUUCUCAAGAGACAGCCUCCUUGUAUUGCUGCCCUUCUUGAUUUCCAUUUUGUAACAUGAAGACAAUUUUAAGCUGGGGCUGAUUUUGAGGAAGUAGUGUUUUUCUGUGUAUUUAGGGUAUCCCAGGAGAGCAUUGUUAAUCUUGGCCUACAGAUUGGAGGCUGGGUCAAAGUUGUGGCAUUGGUCUAAAACGCUGGACCUCUGUACCGAAUGAUUUAUUUGAGAUUAAGAGUAUGUUCUUUAAAAGACAAAAAUACAGUAUUAUGGUUUCCCUAUCCCUCCUUCAUCUCCUCUUUCUCUAAUGGCUCCAAUUCCACUCUUCAGCCUCUAUCACUCCCUGAUUGGUUAGCCUCUUUACUUUCAUUCUUGUUUUUACGAAUUCUGUGAUAUUCUCUGCAUAUUUAAACUGCGGUUAUUGUGUUUUGUGUUUUUGCUAAUUAUUAUUGUUGUUGCUGUUGUUGACCUUGACGUUAUUAUUGCAAAAGCUUCUACCAAAACCAAAAAUUUAAUGAUUAAUAAAGGUAUGUCUGGUGCACAGUGUGUCUAUGGACCAGAUAUCUUGUAAUUUAUAUCCGAAUGAACGAAGAGGUUGCUGUAACUUCAGAAAUGUAUGAAAUACAAAAAAAUAUAAAAAUCUUUCUCUGGCUUGCUGUCAAGAUUUGGGGGCUUGCAAAUAACAUUUCUAGAUCAUUCACUUAUAACAUUGAUGCAUUGUCACAGAAUUAAAUAUUAACUUCAUCCUGUAGUCAACUGAAUUCUCUCUUCACUUGAAACAUGGAGGAGCAACUGGUUCAGAUGAAUGUUCUGCAUAGAAAUACAUGUACAUUAUUGUUACUAAAUACAGUACACUGAUUGUAACAAUUCUGGCCAUAAUGUAGUGUACCUCUUCCCUUGUCUCCACCAGGUCUCAAAUUAAAAUUUUUGUACUCCCUAGAGUGAAAUUGAGAGGAGCAUUAAUCAGUUCCUUCCCCCAGGCGAUGCACACACUGUUGUUUCAAGUUAUGAGUCUGAAUGCAUUUGACCAAGUAGCCUAUAGGACAAGGUUUAAAAAACUAAACUAAAAUGCUUGCAAGGUCGAGCACUUUCUUCCUUUGUCUCUCAAUCUCUUGUUUGGUUUCCCAGUUUUGUUUCUUUUUAUUUCUUCAUCUGUCACUGUGCGAGUUGUGGUGCGCAACAAUCAGUGACCUUGUUGUGGUUGAGUAUGUGUGGGUGCGGAGUGGAACCUGUCAAUAAUGCAUCCCUGUUUGUAAUAAAAUUAAAUUAAACAGAAAAGAA